UGGCUGUCGCCGCCAACCGUACAGGUAGUGGUCGCUCCGCUCAGCCCGCCACCUGCCCAGGUGACUUGCCGCUACAAUCUGCUGCCCUUCUGCCCAGGGUGACUUCCUCGGUGCACAGGCCGUGACGCCAAGAAAGGAGUCCAUCCUUCCCAUCCCAGAAGACGUCAGCCCUGCGGCAGACGUCACUCCAGCAACACCAUCAUGCAGAACCUGGAUGCCACUGGCACCACGAUAGUGAUCACCAUCCUUCUGGAGGGCACCUAACACGUCCUUCUUCCCUUUCUUCUUCACCCGCUCACAUCACCCGACCAUCACUGACAUCAUCACCUCACCUCCCGGACCCCUCGGCGGCCCAUCGGCCACCCUGCGCUCGCCGGGCUCACGAUACAAGUCCGCUAAAACAACCAUUUAUAACGAGCCAUUGAAGGUACUGACCCCAGUGGACUCCCCGCCUCCCUCAUACAGCAACCAAACGUCACCCUAACUCCCACCCGGCUGAAGUGAGAGGCAGCCGGUCCGGUUCCUCCCGUGCAACGCCACUCGGUCGCUGUUGGCAAUACCAGCAGAGCCAAGCAGCGGCGGCAGCAGCAGCAGCAGAUCACUCGGGCGUGGGACCUUCAGUUGCCCUUCAAGAUGUUCGGCGAAGUAGACGCCUGGAGGAUCAAGACGGUGCUGGUUGGUCUUCUCGCCCUAACAACCUCGGCAGCUGAGUGGAAAGAGGACCUGGGCAACCAUGUGAGGAUCGGAGUGCGUGACGCCGGGUACUCGCGUGUCGUGCUGGACUGCGAGGACGAGACCAUGGCCUUCGUGAUCCGCCUGGAGGAGGACUUCGAGGGCGUCGUGUACACCAGGGGGAGCUUCCACACCCGCCGCGGCCCCUGCUUCCUCGACGCCUCUGGGGGCAAAGAGUUUGCUCUCAAGUUCUCUUACAAGGACUGCGCCACUAAAUACGACAGCCAGCUGGGCGCCUAUGUCAACACAGUGGUGGUGCAGCAUGACGAUGACCUGAUCUUUCCCGGCGACCUGGCCUUCGACCUCCGAUGCCACGACCAGGUCACCGUCAACGCCUCUCUCGUCGGAGUCAAGUCGAGGAUCUCAUUGGUGGAUCCCGACCCAGCCUCCAAACCAACCUCCAAGGAAGAAGUAGCAGCCACCUCCUCCUCAAGCGUGGUCACCCUCAUGCCGGGCCGCCUCACCCCGCCCAAGGAGGAGCUAUAGCCGGCGAGCGGGAAGCCGCAGGAAGGACAGGUGGGAGGCAGAGGCCGCCGCGUCGGGGGUCACCGCCUCUUGCAGCACGUGACACGCGACAACUCCGUCUAUAAAAUUGUGCCGCGUGUUUAGGGUUUGCUUUCCCAGCCACACUAAGCGAGGGCAACGGUCACUUUAGGCCACAUUGGUCACCUUAAAGGUCCUACUGUUUAGGCCACAUUGGUCGUAUUUUUUCUAGUGAAAGGACAUUAAUUAAUGAAUGUGAGACCCGCGGUGUUCAGGUGCUUUAGCCGUGCCUCAGCUGGCGUCUGCACCGCUCGGCCUACAGGUGAGGCGCCUCACCUGCCGGCCACCACCUGCCACUCGCCUUCCUCUGGCUCACUUCAACACUCAAGUCCCUGAAAUUUCGCCAGAAACUGAAACUUUUCAGGUCACGAAAAGCCAAGCUCCUCCCUACUCAGAACUUGGCUCCUCCUCACUCUUGGUCGUUUAUCACUGCCGCCGCCGCCGCCGCCGCCUUCCCUGCCUGCUGUAGUCGCAGCCUCAGCCCCGCGGCCCUGCACGCCAGCCGGCCACCAUGAUCUCACUGUAGGUAGCGCGAGGGAGCCUCGGGCCGGUCCCACUCCCGCCAAGCCUGGCCGGAGAAGCCUUAACGUCCUAACUCAGCCCAGCUCAGUCCAGCAGACCGGCCUCCAGUCUGGUUGGGCUGAUCUACCAGACAUGAGUUUUCAGGAGAGAUUCUUUUCCUUCAAUAAGAACUCUAGAAAGCGUUUCCUGAAUCUGUUGAGACUUCCGCCACCUUGCUGUCUGUCCAUGCUCUCUCUCACCGCCCUUCGUUCCGUCCUACAGUCAAGGCGAACAGUUGUGCAGCAACAACAUUCCCUCCACCAUUCCAAAGCGCCUUUCCUUCCUCCCCCCCCCACCCCCUCCUCUCCUGCUCUAAAACUAUGCCAUCCCCCUCCUUCCCUCCCUCGCCACCACUCGACCGUGUCAACAUGACAACACGUAUUUUGGCAUUUUCUUCUAACUUAUUUCUAAGCCUUUUUUUAUAUAUAUUUUUGUCGGUUUGUGAACCUCCAAUAUGCAGUUUGUUACAGUCCGUCCUAAAUAUGAAAUUGAUAUACUGUA